CCCAAUCUAACCUAACACUGUUUGUUCGUUAUAAACACUUGUCAAUAAGUACUCAGCCGUAUUUUCCUUUUUUAUAACUUAUACUCGAGAGAUGACAGAUGGCGAAACUAAAAUCCAAGAAGCAUUUUAUGUUUUAUCGAAGGAGACAAAAGAAUUGUACUUGCAAAGAGAAAUUGCAGAAGUGAGUCACAGAAUUACAUCGCUCACUUUCUACCGAGAUUUCGUUUCAAAGAAUGUACCAUUGGUGAUACGAGGUGCGGUGAAACAUUGGCCUGCCAUAGACAAAUGGUCCAUACCAUAUCUUCGUAAGAUAUUCUGCGACGAACAGAUUUCGGUUGCCGUGACACCGAACGGGUAUGCAGACGCGAUAGCCAAGACAGACGAUGCGGCUGAAGAAUAUUUCGUGAUGCCCGAGGAACGCAAUCUCACGAUGUCAGACUUCCUCAAUAGAUUAGAGGAUCCACAGAAGGACAGCAUAUUUUACAUACAGAAACAAAAUUCCAAUUUUAUAAGCAGCUUUCGCAAGUUGUGGUCGGACGCAGAAGUAGAGAUACCAUGGGUUAACGAGGCGUUUGGAAAGCGACCAGACGCCGUGAACUUCUGGAUGGGGGACGAAAGAGCUGUGACUUCCAUGCACAAAGAUCCUUAUGAAAACAUAUAUUGCGUUGUGACCGGCGAAAAGAAUUUUAUCUUACAUCCUCCCACGGAUUUGCCAUGGAUUCCAUACGGAAAUUAUCCAUCCGCGGUUUAUAAAGAAUACGAACCUGGAAAGUGGACGAUCGAGCCACUCGACGAAACACUCGAUUCGGAAAUGGCAAAUUCUUCCACAUUAACACCAUGGAUAUGUAUAGACCCAUUAAAGCCAGAUUAUGAAAAAUACCCAAAGUAUGAUAAUGCACAAACUCUGAAAGUCACAUUGAAUGCAGGAGACGCGCUAUAUCUACCCUCUUUAUGGUUUCAUCAUGUAACUCAGUCCCAUGCUUGCAUAUCCAUUAAUUAUUGGUACGACAUGGAGUUCGAUAUUAAAUACGCGUAUUUCAAAGCACUUGAGACAUUGUGCAAAUAAAUGAAGGUGAUCCAGGGAGAUGUCGUAAUGACUCACGAUAACAAACCGUUAAAAAACUACGCGAGAGUUCAAGUCAGGCGGUGUCGUCGUUAUUCCCGAUACUUCCGGUAAUUAUUCUCGCGUUUUCGUCGCUGUUCCUCCGCUUGCUGCCUCAAUUUCUCGGGAUUCAUGUGCGUAGUUACCAUGUGCCUCGUCAACGAACUCAUGAACUUGUAUGUGAUUCCACACACAUCGCAGGAAAGUAUCUCCUCGUUGCCUCCUUGUUGUUGCUUUACAAAAGAAAAAUAAUUUGUAAUUAGAUGUAAAAAUCAUGUAUACAACUACAUGAAGCAAAGUAAAAUAAGGAAACGAAUACAUAAAGAAACAGAAUAAAGAUAUUGUAAGGAAGGACUAUCCAAACACAUUUAAAAUGAUUAUAAGAUAUUAUAUAAACGUAAAAUUUAUGCAAAAAAA